GCCAGACAAUGCACAAUCAUCUAGUGGAACAGUUGCUUCCUUCACAAUAUAUGUAAACUACAGUGCAUCUGAUGUCACACCAGACAUACUUGAAACAACCUUUAGCAAUAGAUUAAGCGAACAAACCGUCGGAAGUAUCACAAAACGUAUUCUCGGCACUGGUUAUGUUCUAGCCACAAGCACAGAUGGAAUCAACUUUACUCCUUCACUGCACAAUAUAGUCGGUAAGAAAUUUCGCUAUUAUAGCAGAAUAUUAAAUUUGAUAGCUUCUUUUGUUUAAGUCAUCUCUCUAACAUGAAAAACAAACAGAAUGAAGAAUUUAUGACCCAUAUUGUUUAUCUGAGAGCGCCAUAUAUCUGUCAUUCUUCGAAACCAGGUUUUAUAUUCCAGUCGUCUGCUUUAAUGCAAUACGGAAUGAUGUAUUAUGAAUGAAAUCAGCAAUGAGCAGACGUGCUUGGAAGAGACAAAAUCCAUUUUGUCAAUCAUGAUUUGUAGUACAUUAUUUACUAAAUUAUUAUUAAUCGUCUUUCGCCAUUCAAUUAACUCAUUCUACGACUUGGGGAAAACGACAGUAAAUGAGACAUGGUUGUUUCCCUGCUAUGUAUGGAGUAUUGUUGAUAUGCUUAAAAUUGGCUUUUCGCGAAGCAAAAUAAUCAGCAAUCCGCACAUUUAGAAACAUGUAUUUGUCUUCUAAUUCUGAAUUAUAGAUUUAAUACACAAGCAAUAUUUCUUGGUUUGGCCAAGGUUAUAGGUAGUAAUUAUGAUAUAUGAAACUAUAUAAGUGGUAGAUUUUAACACAAGAACGCCAUAAUCAACAGUAAAACUUUAUUGUCCGGCUUGACAAAAAACAAAUAUUUCCUGAUAUUUCAGUUGACAUCAAUGAGUGCUCUCAAAGUGUAGCACAAUGUGGAGAAGGUCAAAGGUGUGAAAACUAUUGUGGCACAUAUCGUUGUUACUGCAACAGUCCUGGAACCUAUCUAGUUGAUGAAAACUGUACGGGUAUGCAAGAUUCUAUGUUUGUUUGUAUAACUCAACAUUUUAAAAUGAAAAUUAGUAGAGGCUGGACUGAUUGCGCUAAACCAAGGCGUGACCAAUUUAAAUCUUAUUUUGAUGUCGGUUAUUGCAUGUGUGCACGUGAAUCAAACCUUAUUUUGUAUACGAAAUACCAAAAAUUGCUCAGUUCCUCUACCAUGCCGUUUCAGUUUUUUUUAUUAUACAGAAUAUGCUUGGACAGCCAUGAACUGUAUAGAGGUACGUAACUGUAAUAAAUUAAUAACCAAUGACAAGUUUAUUCGAUUAACCAUUUCUUUAUUUAGAUAUUCUGUCAUAUGAGGGUGGAUUUGUCGUGACCAAUCGUGAAUUUAAACUUAAGUACAAUGAUACGAAUAGCAUUGAAUACUUGCAAUUUGCUGAGAACAUAGCGACGGUUGUAAGUGUUUGGUUUCUUGUUUACCAAAACUCAUAUGUAAUUUUAGUGUGCAGUGACAACCAAUUUGCGCAUAAAACGGUAGUGAAAGUGAGCAGUGAUCAACUGUAAAAAUAUGCAUGAGUGAUAACACAAUUUUUAAUAAUUAAAUUAAAUACGGUAAACACUCAAACAAGAUUAAAUAAGGUAAAACAUAUAGUCUUUUCCAAGAUUUGCGUGCGAUAAAAGCAAUAAAAUGCACCAUUUUCAAAAAUGAGAAAAAACCUGAUUUGUUUAACAAUGUUUUAGUUGCUGUGGAUUUAUUAAUUACGAUUUAUUAAUUCUCUUUCCCAGGUGAAGGAAUAUUACAUGAAAACUCAAUAUGCUCAUAACAUAAUUGGAGUUAGAGUCAUUUAUCUCUA